GCGGGGACUUGCAAAAUUCCACGCCGGGGAGACCAAAACGACCAAUGGCCGCGCGAGAUCAGAGUUCCUUCCUCGUGCGCACUGAAGAAUUGAGGGAGAGGCAUGGCAUUCCCCAUCUCUCUCUCUCUCUGUCCCUCUGUAUCGUCUCAUCAUCUUUGGCGGUCGCAGUAGCUUCCAGCCUACCACGCUUUGUAAUUUUCUGCAAUCUUUCCCUUUCGCUCAACUCCACAAAAUCUCCCCCCUCUUCCGUCCCUUUGAAAUCCUUGUCGGACUACUCCCCCUGUCCGAUUUUCGUCUUCCUGCUUCGAGUUCUCUCUCUCUCUCUCUCUCUCUCUCUCUCUCUCUCUCUCUCGGGGCUCUUUGACUUGGCUGGCACCUCCUCGGCGGUUCUUGGCGAGACGGCGACCGUGCUUCGGAAAGCCCCAAUAGAAUGGAAAGUAGUGGCGCCAGCUCUUUCCUGAGGAACAGAAAUCUGGAGAGCUUUUUGAAUGCGAGCUCCAUAGACACUUUUGGAGUUUCAUCAAAAGCCUUGGCGAAAGAUGAGGUGGGAUAUCGGCCAAGGACUGAUGGAUAUGUUGAUGAAGAUGGGUGGUUUUCCGAGUUGAUAUCUUGGAUCAGAAUAGUGACGUGCUUCUUGUCGAUGAUGGUUACGACUUUCAUUUGGGCAUUGAUCAUGGUUGUUUUGAUCCCGUGGCCCUAUGAAAGAAUAAGGCAAGGGAAUAUUUAUGGGCACGUAACUGGCAGGCUGCUGAUGUGGAUCUUGGGAAAUCCAAUAAAGUUUGAAGGGCUGGAAUAUGCUGAUGAGAAGGCCAUCUAUAUUUGCAAUCAUGCAUCCCCAAUUGAUAUUUUCCUUAUAAUGUGGUUGACUCCGACAGGCACUGUUGGUAUUGCAAAAAAGGAGAUUAUCUGGUACCCACUUUUUGGACAGCUUUAUGUAUUGGCCAAUCAUCUCCGCAUAGAUCGUUCCAACCCCACUGCAGCCAUCAAGUCAAUGAGGGAACCAGCUCAUGCCGUGGUUAAAAGCAAUCUGUCUCUGAUCAUAUUCCCUGAGGGCACCAGGUCAAAGAAUGGACGACUGCUUCCUUUUAAGAAGGGUUUUGUACACUUGGCCUUGCAGUCACGACGCCCAGUAGUGCCUGUAGUCUUGACUGGGACCCAUCUAGCAUGGAGAAAGGGCAGUUUACAUGUUCGCCCCGCACCUCUUACUGUAAAGUUCCUUCCCCCAAUCAAAACUGAUGAGUGGACUGCUGAUCAUAUCGAUGAGUAUGUGGAAAUGAUCCAUGACAUGUAUGUGAAACACCUUCCCGAGUCGCAGAGGCCUCAUUCAUCGAAUGCUGCUACUAGGAAUAAUUCAGUUUCCUAGGUGAAUAUGUUAGUGUUGUUGUAAC